ACAAUUAGUCAUUUAUUUAGACUGGAAUAGUCCAUAAACCAACUAAAAACCGCAAACAUGAGGGCCGUUCUUUUCGCUUUACUUCUCGUUGCUCUGGUCGCUUAUUCUUCUGCUGCAUGUGACACUCAAAUGUGCAGAGCUGGCUGCAGUGCCAUGGGAUUCAAAUCGGGAGAAUGCGCAGGUGGCAUGUGCUAUUGCGCAAACUUGGUGGCACAACAAUUUCUGACAUUUGACAUGGAUGAGCUGGCUGCCGUUUUCAAACAAUAAAAUUUAGAUCAGUAGCCUACAUCUUUAUUAUUAUUUAAUUUUAAAAUCCUCCUAACACUUUUAGCUCUUCGUGUACAUACAUCAACAGCUAAUGUUAAUAGUGGAUCACAUUUUUUACUUUUAUUGUUAUAAAUAUUCUUGUAAACUUUUGCUUUAAAUAGAAUAAUUUUUGAAUU